CUGCGGUAAUGGAGAGUUUGGGGACAAAAAUAGCCUCAGUGGUGUGUGUGGCUUGGGUGCGCUCUACUAUUAGGGGAGGCAGCCUUUAUUUUUACUAACCUACGUUAGUACUUCAUUCUACAGAACACAUUGUAACAAAAUGGUUAUAAAAGUAUUUCUAGCUUCUUCAUCAGGAUCGACAGCGAUCAAAAAGAAGCAACAGGAUGUGCUUGGGUUCCUGGAGGCCCUGAAAGUGGACUACGCUCCAUUGGACAUUGCCUGCAAUGAGGACAACCGCAUGUGGAUGAGGGAAAAUGUCCCUGUGGAGAAAAAGCCCACCAACGGGAUCCCUCUACCCCCUCAGAUCUUCAACGAAGAGAGCUACUGUGGGGACUACGAGACAUUCUUUGAUGCUAAAGAAGACAAUGCGGUAUAUGCCUUCCUGGGUCUGCCACCUCCUCCAGGUUCCAAGGAAGCGAAAGAGGCAUAUCUCCUUGAAAAUGGGCCUGUUGAGAAUGGAACCAUUGUAAAUGGAACUGAUGAUGCUGAGGAUGAAGAGAACCUUGAAGCUGAGGAGGAGAACAUUGAUGAUGACACACUAAAAAGAGAGGUUCCGAUGGAGGAGUGCAAUAGAGAUGAACACACAGAGGAGGUGGAAGCAGAGGUGGGAGGAGAAACAGGAGAGGAAGCAGCAGAAGAGGCCGCAGAAGAGAAGGUGGCAGAGGAGAAGGAGGCAGUCAAAGACACAGAGGAAUCCUUAGAGAACACUAAGGCCCCCGUGAAGGAGGAAGAAGCCCAGGAGGAAGCAGAGGAUGAAGAGGCUAAGGGAGAAGAUGAUCAGCCGGUUUCUGAGGAGGAAGAAGAGCUGCGACAGCUUGAGGAAGAAGAGGCCCCAGAGGAGGAAGAAGAAGAAGUGACAGAGGAAGCAGAGCAGGAAGAAGAGGAUGAGUAGUUACAGCCAAGAAAGGUUUAGGAUGUGAUUUACUACUGCCCAGCCUAGAGAGACCCCUUGUUCCGGCCCCUCCUGACCCCUCUGAUCCCUCAGACCGUCCCCCACCGGACUACCCACAUUGCCCCCAACUGCUCACUGGGAACGCACAUGUCCCCCUGCUGGAACCUGCUGGCUGAAACCUGCCAAUCACACACUGUCUGUACGGCCCACCCAUACUCCAGAGAUAACCCCCUCUUUUACCAGAUGUUUAUAUUGCAUUCAGUGUGUAGCUCAAUUAAAUAGUGUUAUCAGUUUGUAGUUUUUAGCAGCUUUUCUAAUUGUACAUACACAGUCAUAUGUUAAGCAUUUAAAUAUUUCAGACAUACUGCUCAUGUUUCAAAUUGAAAAGGUUAGUUUUAUACCACAGUUUGUAUAGGAUGAUGAGCAUCUUACCACCAACACCUUAGCAGUCAAUGACCGACAGCUUUAACCCUGUGAGUAUCUGAGUGAAGAUCACUCUACUGUGAACUGCAACCAGUGAAUGGACUCUCGGACUGAAACCGAUCUAUCAAUGCAGUGCCCCUCACUCGAUGCCGGCAAAGAUGUUAGAUCUAUAUGUGUGAAUGCAACCCAGUGACUCUCAAUGCCUCAGUCCAACAUGAGAAAGACCCUCAUGUAGGGUUUCCACUAGCUUCCAUAGCCACAAAGUCACAUAUGACAAAAGAAAUAGCCUUUUGGUCUUACUUUAAUGUUAGGGUGAAGGAUAAGGUUAGCAGUGUGAUUAGGGUUAGGUUUAAAAUAAAAUGUUAAGAAAUUGUAGAAAUGGGCGGGGUUUAGCCAUAAUUAUGACUUUGUGGCUAUGGAUACUAGUGACGACCCUCAUUGUAGCGUGCCUUAUGACAGCUACUGGACACCAUUCACUGAACAUUACUGUUAGCUGAUUUACUCUGCAGUUUGUUGAAUGUAAAAAGAAGUGGAUGACUAAGAAAGAGAUCCUCCCAAGAUGUAAGAGAGGUGAAAUGCCAAUAAAGUUACAUGGCCUAUUA